AUGGAGUCGAUGCCAGCGCCGACUGCUGGUGCUCCAUCCCGGUACGGUCGGGCCUGCUCAAAUUGCGCUCGAGCGAAAGCAAAGUGUGAUACAGGUAAUGGCGUCGGUGCCAAAUGCGGAAGGUGCCUUAGGCUGAACAAAGACUGCCAACCCUUACAGACUGUCCAUAAGCGCAAGAAGGUCAAUAAGCCAUCGAGUACCAAAACCGACAGGCUAGAAGGAAAGCUUGAUGGGUUGUAUAGGCCCUUGCAAUCGUCUACUGCUUCCACAUCGAUAGCCAGCCAAAGUGCCCCUGUAUCAACCGCAUCGACUUCGACUGAGCCGUCCUCGGACUCAUGGCAAUCUCUUGUUGCUAGUCCGGAGGGUGAAGGGGACUUUGGUCCCCGCUCAAUCCAACGGCUGAACUGGAACCGUCCCUCGAUGGAUGGCCUUCGCCUUCAUUCGCCCACCUCUGACCCAGAUGCUUCGUACGUAGCUUCAGGCACAAGGUCUACGAUAUACCAAUGCCCCCAAAGUUCGCUCGUCCGCUGUCUUGAACCAUCAUCUGAGGAAGCAGAGGAGUGUCUCAAUCUAUUUCGACCCUAUAUGGCAACCUACUUCCCUUUCAUCAUUGUACCAGAGUCUACUACCGCCCGUGAGCUUCGUCGUGACCGUCCAUUCUUGUGGCUUUGUAUAAUGUCGAUCGCAUCAAGAUCUACGGUGCAGCAAAAGGCCCUUGCAACAGAGAUAAAGAUAACGAUGGGAAGGGAAAUACUUGUGGAAGGUAGAAACAAUAUCGACUUACUCUUGGGUAUUCUCGUUUUUGUAGCAUGGGGCCAUUACCACAUUCACGAUAAACUCGUAAUAAUUCAAACCACCCAGCUUGCCAUGGCCUUGGUCGGUAAUCUUGGUUUGAAUAAGCCACCGCUCAAAGAACCGACCCAGAUGUUGCUGAACCUCGACGCGCGAGGAUGCCCGAGAAAACCCUUCACGCCAUCAGCACGGACAGUGGAGGAGCGGAGAGCAGUACUCGGCUGCUUCCUACUCAGCUCAGUUGUCUCGUCGUAUUUUCAGCGACUUGACGCUCUUCGCUGGACUCCAUAUCUAGAUGAUUGUCUUGUAGUGCUAGCCGAAAACAAAGAGCACCCGACCGAUGCACUUCUGAUUGACCUGGUGCAACUGCAACUCAUCGUCGAACAGCUGGGUCAAGCUCCAGGAUAUGCGGGACAUGACGAUUCCACCAGCUCCGCGAAGGCGCCACCAAUGUUCUAUCUGAAGGCACUACAAGCGAAAUUGCAAGACUUCAAAGUGAAAGUCCCCCCUAAGACUCAUAGAGAUGAUGUCUUGCUCUUACAUCUCUACAGCACAGAGCUUAAAGUACACGAAAUUGCCUUCUCGAAAGCACCAGUUGUGCUCAAUAGUCCAGGCUUCCAAAGGCUCGAUGCUCUCUACGCAUGUCUAUACGCAACCAAAAGCUGGUUUGAUCUAUUCCUCACCAUCUCUCCAGCUUCCUUCGCCGGCUUUUCUAUCCCCAUCUUUACGCAAAUGGCCCAUUGCAUCAUAGCCCUUUUCAGACUGCUCACCUUCGACGAUCCAAUUUGGGACAGAGGACUCGUACGGGACACAGCAAAUCUCUCUCUCAUUUUGGGACAUAUCAUGGAGAAAUUAAGUCAAGUUAAAGUGGUGAGGGAUCUGGAUCGUGGUGUGUCAGAAGACAAGGACAUCUUCAGUGGGACAGCUCGGGGUCUCGGGUCUAUCAGAACCUGGUGGGACGCUAAGUCAGCUAUGGAGGUGAGCGACAACAUCGUCCUAAAUAAGACACGGGGUGAAAUGUACAUGGACUUUUCAGACGAUGUCUGGCUGAAAGACAUAUUUGGUCAAGGAGAUGGCCAACUAGACCUAAAUAUGCAGUGGUCGAAUGCUGGAAGCAGAAGUUGA